UGGGCGGCGGCGCCUGCGGGCGGGCGCAGGGUGCCCGGGCGGCCCCGGCUCGCCCACCCGCGCCGCCUCGGUCCGCUUCUGCGGGCAAGUUUGCCGGGUCCCCGGCUGGCGGGCAUCCUCGGCCGGCCCGCAGAGCCCAGACCCGUCGGUACACAGAAAACUCGAGCUGAAGGAGGAGGAGGGGAAGCGUGCCCGAGCUGGUCCGGGAUGACAGUCUCGCUAAGGGCAGCGGUGGCCUCUUGGACACCUUUCUUGGCCCUUUCCCAGCCAGGUUUCUACACUUGGACUGGCAACUAGGGCAAAUCGUCACCAAUGGCAGUAAAACUUGUUUUCUGGGGGUCCAGAGUGAAGUUGGAGACCAGCUGUUGAAGACACAAAUCCCCAUCUAAUCUGUUUCUGAAAGGUCUCAUGGACUAAUUGGCUCUCAUUCAGCAGGAACCUAACAUAUAAGCCAUCUCUGUGACUAUCAAGACAAUGCUUAGUUUUAGAACUGCUCUGAAAAUGCUUAAAGCAGUAUUUCGAUGUGACAUUGUCAGGGGGCAACAAACAGCUUGAGAAUUUUCUAUCAAUCAAAUAGCAGCUUGAAGGACACCUGUUUCCAUUAAAUGCUACUGCAUGGCAGGCAGCCCCCACUAAAGGGUUGAAAAUGAGUGUCCCAGUGGCUCCGAAGAAAUCAUGUUACACUCAGUUGCGGGACAACAGAAAUGGAGCGAAAAAUAAUAAUGAGAGUCUCCUAAGUCUGGGAGAUACAAAUGCCAAUCAGAUCUUGUUGGAGGUCAGUUCCUCGCAUGAUGAGUCUGGGCCAUGUGACCUGACAGAUGAAAUUGGAAAUGCAAAUUCCAGUGAGCCAGAAAACAGUGCCCAUUUCCAUGCAGAAUUCCACCAACUUCAGGGCUUUGGGAAAGGACCUCAGGCUGGCCCUACCAGCUUGAAAGAUUUUAAAUUUUCUUUGACUGUUCGUAAAGAAAUAAAUGAAGAGCACACGGUGGAGAGAGGCACGGAUAUCCAGACCCCUCGGAGUAUUCAGGGACCAAGUCUGUCAAGCUGGAGGAAUGUCACGGGUGAGGCCGGUCCAGAUGUUUUGGUUAAAAAGGAUGCUGAAAUUCCCCGGCCUGUUCCCAAAGAUAAAUUGGCAAAGACCCUUGACAAUGAGGAAUUAAGAAGGCAUUCCUUGGAAAGAGUAAGCAAGUGUGCUGUUAUAGGGGACAUGCUCGUGAAGGAGGGUGCCAGGAACCCGACUGGGCAGCUUCCACAGCCUGUGCUGCUGGGCGCCUCCAGCACCCCCUACCAUGUGCCCAGAGGCCGGGAGGGGCCACAGAAGACAGGGACGGCCCCCUCUCUAGGGGCAGCUUUUCCUCCAGUUGACGGUACCUCAGAGGAAAAGAGUGUGUGUCAUCCUAAACCAUCUACCUCAGAAACCAAGGAGAACACCCCCUUAGGGACCCAGAUGGAGGCGGCAUGUGCACCGAGAGUUAGCGACGAGAGCGUAUUGCAUUCUGCCCAUCCAGAGCCUGGUCUGAAUUCAACUUCAGCAUCAAAGGAAGCCCUGCGUAAGCCCGAAGCACAGUUAGGUCAGGGGAAGGGAGAGCCCAGGCUGGAGAGGGAAUUAGAGUCAAUCCAACUCAAGCCCAUGCAGGAAUUAGAGUCAACCCAGGCAGCGUGUCUGGGAAAUCCUAAGGAAGAGAGUACGGUACCCCUAGAGAGAAAGGAGCCGUGUGGGGAAGUGCAGCAGGAGGCCACCGCCGGUGCCCUCGGCCGUCUGUCCCACGGCAGUCUCCUCCACGCUGGUGUGGGGAGGGGCAGGGCAGAGCAGGAAAAGAGAGCGGCCAGCCUGGGGGAGGAGGGUGCCCUCCAAACGGCCCCUGGGCAGGGUCCUGCUUCCUCGGGAGCUGCAGAUAAUCAGCCUACUGGCCCAGUGUCACCAAGUGCAGCUAGGAAAUUGGGUGCAGUGGCAUCCAGCAGCAGCUUACCAGGUGGUAGUCAUGCAGCCUUCAUGCCCAAUGGUGGACCGGACAGCAGGCACUCGGGCCUCAGUGAGGAGAGAGUGGUGCCGAGCGGCGGGAGCACGGACAGUGCUGCAGGUUUCACUUCUGAUCCUUCUGCAGCCGGCAACCCUGGGGCCUCUGAGCUCCCCGAACCUCAGAGCAGCAGCUCCGGGGAAAGCAAAGAGAUCGCUACGCCUGUCGCUGAAAAUGGGAACCUUCUAGAAAAUGCAGCCAGGACUGAAAGCACCCCAGGGAGAGCAGGUUGUCUUCCCCUCCAACCAGAGACAACUGUGAAUGUGACCCACCAGCCGACACCACCCAGCUGCAGUUUUCAGGACUUCGGUGUGUUGGGUGUAGACUCGGGGUCACCUGCUGUGGCCCCACCUCCCACCGACAGCGUGAGGUUGUUGAACACGCCCCCGAAAGUGCCUGACAAGAACACUUGCCCCAGCAGGGUCGCCAACCCUGUCUUCACAUAUCCUGAGGCCACACCUUCCUCACAAGGGGGGCUGGAGGACCACCAGGCUGAUAAGGCAGAAGAAAGGACAGAACCCAGGCCCGUCAUUAUGCCCAAGCCAAAGCACGUGAGGCCGAAGAUCAUCACCUACAUCAGGAGGAGCCCUCAGGCCCUCGGCCAGGUGGAUGCUUCGCUGGUGCCAGUGGGGCUUCCCUAUGCCCCACCCGCGUGCAACAUGCCUCUUCCCAAAGAGGAGAAAGCACGUGGUGACCUAAAGCCAUCUGCCAGCCUCUAUGAGAAAUUCAAGCCAGACUUGCAGAAGCCAAGGGUCUUCAGCUCUGGGUUGAUGGUGUCUGGAAUCAAGCCCCCAGGACACCAUUUCAGUCAAAUGAGUGAAAAGUUUUUGCAGGAGGUUGCAGAACACCCUGGAAAAGAAGAAUUUUGUUCUCCUCCCUAUACUCACUAUGAAGUUCCUCCAACUUUCUAUCGAUCGGCCAUGCUCCUCAAGCCCCAGUUGGGAUUGGGUGCCAUGUCUCGUUUACCAUCUGCAAAGAGCAGGAUUCUGAUCGCGAGUCAGAGGUCUUCAGCCAGUGCCAUCCACCCACCAGGACCCAUAGCGACAGCGGCCAAUCUCUACAGCUCCGACCCUGCAGCAGAUUUAAAGAAAGCAUCCAGUUCAAAUGCUGCCAAAUCCAACCUACCCAAGUCAGGACUUCGUCCUCCCGGAUACUCGCGUCUCCCAGCAGCCAAGCUGGCGGCGUUUGGCUUUGUCCGCAGCUCCAGCGUGUCGUCGGUCUCCAGCACCCAGUCCGCGGACAGCGCACAGCCGGAGCAGAGCCGGCUGGCCAACCGUUCCGCCUUUGGGACUGAAGACCAGCCGGCUCUGAAGGCGGCUGUGCCCUCCAAGGACACGCCCAAGGGGGCCAGCCGGGCGGCCCCUCCUGCAGCCUCCAAUGUGACAACGGCCCGCAGGAGUCUGCUUCCAGCCCCUAAGUCCACGUGCACGCCUGCGGGGACAAAGAAAGAAGUACAAAAAGAUCAAGAUGCUAAUAAGCCGGCUGUUUCAUCUCCUAAGAGAAUAGCAGCUUCAGCCGCCAAGCUUCAUUCACCAGGACACCCCAAGCAGAGGGCUGCAGCCCCCCGAAAUGGGUUUUCCCCCAAGCCAGACCUGCAGGCCCGCGAAGCCGAGAGGCAGCUGGUUCAGCGGCUGAAGGAGAAGUGUGAGCAGCAGGCCCGGCAGCUGGGCCUGGUCCAGACGGAGCUGAGCAGGGCCGUCCGCGGCUUCCAGGCCCUUGCGGUGUCCACUCAGCAUUUCUCUGGACAGAAUGAAAGUGCCCUUGUGAAAGAGAAAGAGCUGUCAAUCGAACUUGCAAACAUCAGGGAUGAAGUUGCCUUCAAUACAGCCAAGUGUGAGAAACUACAAAAGGAGAAGGAGGAGCUGGAGAGGCGCUUUGAGGACGAGGUGAGGAAGCUGGCCUGGCAGCAGCAGGCGGAGCUGCAGGACCUGGAGGGGCGGCUGCAGCUGCAGUUCGAGGCGGAGAUGGCGCGCCUCCAGGGCGAGCACGGCGCCCAGCUGCUGCGGCUCAGGUGUCAGCACCAGGAGCAGGUAGAGGACAUCACCGCCAGCCAUGAGGCUGCUCUCCUAGAGAUGGAAAGUAACCAUACAGUUGCCCUUGCGAUCCUGCAGGAUGACCACGACCACAAAGUCCAAGAAUUGAUGUCUACCCAUGAGCUUGAAAAGAAGGAAUUGGAAGAAAAUUUUGAAAAGCUGCGGCUGUCCUUACAGGACCAGGUGGACACGCUGACCUUCCAGAGCCAGUCUCUGCGGGACCGAGCCAGACGCUUCGAGGAGGCUUUGAGGAAAAACACUGAAGAGCAGCUGGAGAUUGCUCUGGCUCCUUAUCAGCACUUGGAAGAAGACAUGAAGAGUCUGAAGCAGGUAUUAGAGAUGAAGAAUCAGCAAAUACACCAGCAGGAAAAAAAGAUUCUUGAGCUGGAAAAGCUGGCAGAAAAGAACAUUAUCCUGGAAGAAAAAAUCCAAGUUCUCCAGCAGCAGAAUGAAGACCUCAGAGCCAGGAUCGACCAGAACACCGUGGUCACGAGACAACUGUCGGAGGAAAAUGCGAACCUCCAGGAGUACGUUGAGAAAGAAACUCAGGAGAAAAAGAGAUUGAGCCGAACCAACGAAGAGCUGCUUUGGAAGCUCCAAACUGGGGACCCAACCAGCCCGGUCAAACUCUCGCCUACGUCCCCCGUUUACCGCGGCUCCUCCUCCGGGCCCUCCUCACCCGCCAGACUCAGCACCACGCCCAGAUGACGUCACCACGCAGCCUGGUCCACCGCGUGCUUCCACCUGGAGGGAGGAGGGACCAGGGGCUGGCCCGGCCCUGCGCGCAUGCUCAGUAGCUGCAUAGCUGCAUCCUAGACGGUCUAAUGAUGCUCUUGUGAGACUGUCCUCGUGUUGGCACCUAGGAAAGUGUAAAUGGUAGUGUCUGAUGUGCAAACGUUUGACCGUAGUUAGAGCCAAAAGAAAGAAAAAAAAGAAACUCCAGUUCUUGGGCAAUGAACUUUCACUGCAGAAUUUCAGGUUAGUUACAAAUAGCUCAGUUUUAAAUAUACAUUGAAUAAUCAUUGUGUACUACACCAACAUGUGUGUAUAUUUAGAUAUACAUAUAUACACACGCAGCGGUUCUGAAUUGCAUUUUUUAUAACAUGAAGUGCUGACAUAUUUUGGUGAAGGUCAGCAGUUUUCUAACUUGUGCCUAAGAAUUAUUGGGAAAUGAAAAUGCAUUUCUAUCUAGCUUCCCGGGGAAUAUUUCUACCCAAAAUAGAAAAAGGAAAAAAAAAAAAAAGAUACAGAGAA